CCACCAGAAAGUGCUUGCUUAUGGAUGUUUUGCAUUUUUCUUAUGCAUCCUUUUAAAAAUUUGGGGUGACGUCUUGUCUCAUGAGACUUUCAGAGUUGGAAGACCCCUGGAAAUUUGGAACCUCUAGUUUACAAGCAGCGACUUGGAAACAUUUUAGAGGAUCUUGUUCAAAAUUUGUCCAACCAUUGGGGAUUACCUUGUGGCUCAGCUGGUAAAGAAUCCGCCUGCAAUGCGGGAGACCUGGGUUCGAUCCCUGGGUUGAGAAGAUCCCCGGAGAAGGGAAAGGCAACCCCCUCCAGUAUUCUGGCCUGGAGAAUUCCAUGGACCGUAUAGUCCGUGGGGUCCCAAAGAGUUGGACACAACUGAGCGACUUUCACUUCCAUGGUUUAUUCAUGGGAAGAUGGCUGAGUAAAUCACGGGCCACCCCUGUAAUGAAAUAGUUACAGCGAAUGUAAAUUAUGCUUUAAAGAAAGUUGUCAUAAGGAAAACGUCCUUCUACAUGACAUUAAGGAACAGUGGGCUUCCCCGAUAGCUCAGUGGUAAAGAAUCCACCUGCAAUGCGGGAGACACGGGUUCGAUCCUGGUUGGGAAAGAUUCCCCUGGAGAAGGAAAUGACAACCCAUUCCAGUAUUCUUGCCUGGAGAAUCCCAUGGACAGAGGGGCCUGGUGGGCUACAGUCCAUGGGUCGCAAGAGUCCUACACUACUUAGCGACUAAACAAAAUCAUUAUUCCGUUUACACAUUAAGUAUUUGUUACAUGUUGGGCAAUGUCCUAAGCUCUUUUAUAAAAUACUACUGUUUUACUGAUGAACUCAGAAAGUGGUUAAAUGGCAUCAUUCUUAAUACUUGGAUGUUUUCCAUUCCAGUUUAGUUUGGGGGGGGGGGCGGUGUUAGCCUGCCUGUCAGUAGGUGGGCGGGUUUGACCUCUGUUGCUGAAUGUUACCUUGUUGUAGAAGGGAUCCAGUUGCAAAUAUAUUUGUCGGUUGAUGUUGUCCCACAUGACUUUUGAUAGUUGCUUGACAUCCAUCAUAUGAUUCAACCACUCGCCUACUUGUGAACUGUUAUGUACUCAUCUUGAUUCUGUUUUUCAGCAAAUGCUGUACCCAGAGCUUCGCUCACUUACAUCUCUGUGCAGAGGCUUAUUUAUGGUGGAGAACGGGGCCUGCCCCAUCUAUUUGCCCACUGCAAACAUCUGUUGCCUCAAGGCAGGGUCUGCACAAUGGUGCCUGCCAGACCUUAGGUCUGUCAUCUCAGGACUCUGCCCUUCCCCAAGAGACAAACCAAGAGGAGGCCGCAGCAGCCCAUGAAAUCCUGACAGUCAUGUCCCUCGGGUCAGACUUAUUCAGGGAUGUGGUUGUAGUCUUCUCCCAAGAAGAAUGGGAACAGCUGGCACCCACUCAGAGGGAUUUGUACAGAGACGUGAUGUUGGAGACCUAUAGCAACCUGGUCUCCCUGGGUCUUGCCAUUUCCAAACCUGAUGUGAUCUCCUUCCUGGAGCAAGGCAAAGAGCCCUGGACGGUGGAGGAAGUGGUGACAGGAGGCCUGUGCCCAGUGCUGAAGUCCAGGUAUGAUACUGAGGUAUUCUCUCCAAAGCAGCAGAGUUGUGAAGUACAGUCACGCCCGUGGGAGGUAAUGGAAAGCCUUACCAGUUACGGUCUUGAGGGCUCAAGCUUCCAAGAUGACUGGGAAUGCAGAAGUCAUUCUGACAGGGAAGAGCGAAAUCCAGAUGGACAUCUGAGUCAAAUGAUAAUCGAAAAUGAAGAAAUAUCCACUUUCGACCAGCCAGCACCCCUUACUUUUUAUCAGAAAAUUCAUACCGGAGAAAAACCCUAUGGAUAUAAUGAAUGUACAAAAGACUUCUGGCAAGAGGACUUCCUUAUUAAUCAUCAAGGGAUUCAGACUAAUGAGAAGCCCUAUAAAUGCAAGGAAUGUGGGAAGGCCUUUAAAUAUGGUUCACGAUUAAUUCAACAUGAGAAUAUUCAUUCUGGCAAGAAACCGUAUGAAUGUAAGGAAUGUGGAAAGGCCUUCAAUUCUGGUUCAAAUUUCAUACAACAUCAGCGAGUUCAUACUGGUGAGAAACCUUACGAAUGUAAGGAUUGUGCAAAGGCCUUUAGUCGAAGCUCACAGUUGAUUGAACAUCAACGAAUUCAUACUGGUGAGAAACCCUAUCAGUGUAAGGACUGUAGCAAGGCUUUCAAUCGGAUCUCACAUCUUAAAGUGCAUUAUAGAAUUCAUACUGGUGAAAAACCCUAUGCAUGCAAGGAGUGUGGGAAAACCUUUAGUCAUCGUUCUCAGCUGAUUCAACAUCAGACUAUUCACACUGGCAAGAAACUCUAUGAAUGUAAAGAAUGUGGGAAGGCCUUUAAUCAAGGCUCAACUCUUAUUCGACAUCAGAGAAUUCAUACUGGUGAGAAACCCUAUGAAUGUAAGGCAUGUGGGAAGGCCUUUAGGGUAAGCUCACAACUUAAGCAACAUCAGAGAAUUCACACAGGAGAGAAACCCUACCAAUGUAAGGUAUGUGGUAGGGCUUUCAAACGGGUCUCCCAUCUUACUGUACAUUACAGAAUUCAUACAGGUGAGAAGCCAUAUGAAUGCAGGGAAUGUGGGAAAGCCUUCAGCCACUGCUCACAACUGAUUCAACAUCAGGUAAUUCAUACUGAGGAAAAGCCCUAUGAAUAUAAGGAACAUGGGAGGACUUUAAAUCAUGAUUCAGCUACCGUUCAACAUCAGAGAAUGCAUAAUAUAGAAACACAAGUGAAUUUAAUAAAUGUAGAAAAGCCGUCCAUCAGCACUUACCCUUUAUUAAUCAUCAGAGAAUUUAUGUUAGCAAGCAAUCAUAUGAAUGGAAAUAGUGGGAAGAGUCCAUUAGCUUAGGCUAAUCACAACUUACUCUUUAGAUCUUGGAGAAAGACUUGAAGGAUAUCAUGCAAGCGAGAAUUCCUUUAUUCAGAGCUUUCUUUUAUCCUGAGUAAUAAAAUUCAUAUUGAAGAAAAAUUAUAUGGGUGCAACUUUUUUAGACCAUGAUUUUCAAAAGACAGAAAGGUUGGAGAAAAUUUUGUCUCUAACACAUUCCAAAGUUACAUUUUCUCACCACAGUGUCAUAAUUUUAAUAGCCAAAAGUGAGUUUUCUUGGAAAUUUGAAAACAAAACACGCCAAAUUACUCCUGGGUUAACAAGAAACUAAAUCAUGCAGUUACCAUUGAUGGUAAUGAAAACAAUGAGGAGAGUUUUACAUGCCAAGAAAUGUGGGAUGUGGCUGAAGCUACUCGGGAAUUUCUUAUGCCUUUAAGUGCAUGUAAACAUGAAAACCUGAAAGAUAGUACUCAAAUAUAUUAAAUGUACUACUUAAGAAGCCAGAAAAGAGAAUACCAAACACCCUGAUGAUAGACAAUAGGAAACAAAGGCAGAAAAGGAUGAACUAGGAAGUAGCUAUCCUACAUUCUCUGCUAAGGCUUCCCAGGUGGCUCAGUGGUAAAGAAUCCACCUGCCAAUGCAGGAGCUGCAGGAGACUCGGGUUCCAUCCCCGAGUCAGGAGGAUCUCCUGGAAGAAGAAACAGCAACUGGCUCCAGGAUUCUUGUCGGGAUAAUCCCAUAGAUGGAGGAGCCUGAUGUGCUAACAGUCCAUAGGGUCACAAAGAGUCGGUCAUGUAAGCCGACUAAACACACAUCCUACAAUAAUCUCAUUUUUUAUUUCUCUCUGAUCCAAGGGAAAUUAGGAGACUGUUUCUUAAUUUUCAGGUUGUUUGUUUGGAUUAUCUUUUAUAACUUGUCACAGAACAGGUUGGUUGCCUACCUAGCAGCCAUACCCAAUUCCCAUUCUAUUGGCAGCAUCUGUGUCUUGUCUUAGACUCUGAAGAUGUCAGAUGCCAAUUUUCAGCCUCCUUUGCAGCUCAAGAUGGCCCAUCCGUUCCAGUGUAUGGCCAGUAUAUUCUAGGGAUCUACAGGGUCUUCAGGGAAAGAUCGUCCUCAUUCAGAAGAGACAGAUAUAUUAGGAAGACUCCUCUUCUUUCAUUUCUUGCUUUUAAACAUUUUUCUCUGGGAACCUGAUGCCUGGAGCUGCUGCGGUCAUCUUGGAACCAAGAGCAGAAAAGAGAGGACCUCAAAGAGGCUGACCCAGAACCCUAACAACACGGAGUUACAGGGCCAAUUUGAAACUGUUUGAUGCUUUUGUUAUAUAAGAAAAAUAAAUCUUUAUUGCUUAACUUA